CCCACUGGUCCACGAAAACCUGUCCAUGGCGAGCGCUCUGCCCUUUCUCCCUUUCCUUUCCCUUCCCCUCCCCGGUUACCGCCGGCACACCAGGCCGCAGCCGCCACCACUCCGCUCCCGCACCCCCGGGCCAGGCAGCCCCAUCCCGCACCUCCCCUGCCCUCUACCGGCGGCGCCAGGCGCUGCCGCCAUCUUACCGCUCCGCCCCCUGGCGGUCCGGCUCAGGCACCGCCCCCCUGCCGCUCGCCAUUGGUCAGUUCAAGUCCCGCGGCCGGGCCAAUCAGAACGGCGCUGUGCCGCGGGGGAUUCGAACGUUCCCAACCGCUCAAAGACCGCGGCGGCCAUGGCGGCCUCUACCCCUCCGCAGCUCCCCGCCAGCCGUAGGUCCGAGCCGGCGUACCGAGAACAAAGACGACAAAAAGUUGAAGAGUAUCUAUCAAGAAAAAAGACCUUCUCUGGUGUACCCAUUCAAGAAAACCAGACAUCUAUCAGCAGUAGCAGAACUAGGAGAGCAACUAGCAAUAAGCUGCAAGAUAAAAUACAGCUCUCAACAUCUCCAAAGCCAGAAAUGGAAAAUAAAGAGAAUGCUAAUAAACUGUCAUGGGAUCAAUCAAGUGGAACCUCAGAAAAAGAUGUCAUUUUAAACACUUCCACGAGCACACUGACAAAUUCUGCAUCAAGCACGAAUUAUAACCCUGAGGAUCAUAAGGUCACUGAAAUAAAAUCUCAGCAUAUGUCACUCAGCAAGGCCUUUUUGCAAUUAAAAAGCAGAAAAGAGAAGCAAUUGAUUGCAGAAAAACAAAAUAUAAAUGUUAGCCUACCAAAGAAACCAGUGCUUGGUACAUAUCGUGGCAAAGUUAUCCAAUCCAAGAUAAACUCCUUCCGAAAGGCACCAAAAAAUGAGGGGGGAAAGAGUUCUUUGCCAGACAAGAAGCUUCUUCCAUCUGCCACCAAACCAGCAGCAAAUUCUUCAUCCACGAGAAAUGGUACCAUAGUUCUGAAAACCAUUGAAGUCACAAACAACCGUAAUUCUAUAAAAACAAAUGCUCUCCCAUUUAGGAGCAAACCAGACAAAGCUGCUACUAGCUCACAGUGCAAUCUGAAUAAGUGGCAACUGAUAUCUGCUGUAGCACCAAAGAAAGUUGCAGUCCAGAAAAGGAUCAGUGCAAGGGAACCACAGCCACUAAAGUCAGUUUCUAACAUUUCUGACCACAGAGCAGUAGGAGCGAAGAAAUGUGCAGAUGGAAGACCAGAAGCUCCAGCAAAAUCAAUUUCUGUUGUUCCUGGUACAAAGUCAGGACAGGGUUCUAAAACUAAUGGCAACAGAAAAUCUGUUCUGUCAAAAGAGUCUGCAGAAGAGAGAAGAGCUCGCCUGGCUGAAUGGAGAGCAUCUAGAGGAAGAGUGAUGAGGAGGCCUCCUAUAUCUGUGCUUCUGGGAACCCAGUCUGAAAGUGAAGAACAAAAAUUCUCUUCUGGUGAUUCUUUAGAGAAUGUGUUAAACAGUGAAAAGGUCAACCAGACUCUUGCUGAAUGUCUGCAGUUAACUGAACAGGGAUGUCAAGGUGAUGAUGUACGUGCUAUGUUGGAAGAUCUGACACAGAGCACUCCUGGGGCCAAAAAGCUUGCAAAAUAUUGGAUCUGCUGUAUGCGUCUUGAACAGAUGGGCCCUCUUGAAAAGCUUAUUGCUGUCUUUGAGGAGGCCGUUUUGGCAGGAGCAAUGCCUAAAGAUGAACUACGACAUACUCUAAUUGAUACUAUGAAAAAGGCUGCAAGAUUUUUCGAGUCUAAGGAUGAGGGAACUGUGAUAGAAGCUCAUUUAAAUGAUGUCGUUGAAGCCAGCAAGGAGCCAAGUUCAUCUGUAGAGCAGUCUGAGGAGGCCAUCAAGGAUGUCAGCUGUGAUAAUGACCAGAAAGCAGAGAGUGAUGACAAGAAGACAGAGAUAAGCAGUGAAGUGAUCCAAAAAGAAGAAAUUAAUUUAGAGGUAAAACCAAGAGAAGAGAUCUUGCCAAAAAAGAAUAAAAAGCACAAGACUAAAGAACGUGCAAAAAAGAAAGGCAAAGGUGAAACAGAAGAGCAGAAUGAGGAUGGGAUAAAAGAUAGAGCUCAAGAAGUUAAUUCUCCUGAGAGGGAGGAUAACACCUCUUAUUGUGUUAACACUCUACCUACCACACCAUACUUGGAGAGUGUGAAGAUGCAACAUGAGGCAAACUACUCCAGUGCUAAAAACCUGAAAAUUGUAACCCCUCUGCGAUAUUCUCAACGCCUUCGGGAGAAGAUGUGUAAGCUGUCAGAUACUGUUAAAGAUGAAGAUCUAUGUGUCUCUUCAGUAGAACAGCUGGAAGAACUGGAAUCAAAAGCCACUGCAUCUGUCCACAAAGAGAGCAACGCUCUCAAAGAAACAAAUGCUGAAGUAGAAGAGUAAAAAGUAGUAUUAAAGCUACAAGGGGCUAGGAAUAGGAUCAUUUUUAAAGAGAGUUGUGGGUGUUUUUAGCAGCUUUAAGAGAAGUUAUCUAAAACUUGCAUGGGUGCCUGAGUCGCUAAACUUGAGUUUUUAAGUUUCUACUCUUCAAAAUAGUGGUAAAUCUGGUCUGCUUUAGUUCUUACAAACAUCAGUGUCUUCACGUUCAAUAUGAUUAUUGAAUUAAAGACUAACACUUCAUAUAACAGUUUUCAGUAUAUUGCUAAUAUCUAUGGUUUUCCUGUUGCAAUUCCUAUUAAUUCUUUAUAAUUGCACAAUCCAACUUCUAAUUUAAGAAGCAGAAAUGACAUAGGCAUUGCAAUAGGGCAAUGCCCA